AUGCAAGGCAUGCAGGGCCGUCGUCCGGCAAUCCGGUCUCCUCACCGUGCUCCCCACCAUGGACGAUCCCCCUCAUCCUCAUCGACUUCCUCGACAUCUUCUCAGUUGACAGCGACGAAUCCGAACGCUUCGACCUCAACAAUUAAAUUGAUCCCCCCGAGUACUCCCCCUGUAACGCAAACCUCACCUGUAGCAGCGGGAGUUCAAGGGUUUUUCGACCCGACCCUGAUUCGCUCACAGUCUACACAACCGCAAUUGCAAACACAACCCCCGUCACAGGUACCAGCAGCAUACGCGAUGCAGGCAUCGCAGCGCAAGCGUUCUGCAACUGCCCCAUCGCCGACAUCACCACCACUCACUUCCUCCGCUAUCUCCUCCGCAGCAGCAAGUGCCCCUUUCACCCGCGAAUCUCCGCCCACCCCCCCGCCACACUCAAUCCCGCACCCACCACCACCCGCACCCCAGCUGUCAAACUACACUCCUCCCCCCGCUAAGAAAGACUCUAAAAUGAAGAUCUUCUCGAAGCCAGCCCGAAUAGGUACACCAACGCUGGAUAAAGCGCUACGCCCACCUCCCAGUCCUAAUAAAUUGCCCGCAAUCUCGUCACCAAUGCCGCGGUUGACUCCUUCAGCUGCUGCAAUCGCCGCAGCUCUGGGCGCUGGCGGGGAGCGGAAGGCGUCGUUUAGCUCUGUGUAUAGUUCCUCCACUAGCACACUGAUAUCAGCGUCUACCCAGGACCUGCACUCUCAGUACGCGUCGUUCCAGGGGUAUUCUUCUAGUCCUCCGGCGCAGCAGAAGGACCACUCGCAUUCCCAUAAGCCGCAUUUCUUACGGCCAAGAAGGGAUAAGGACCAUACGUUCUCGUCCUCCGCGUCGAACAGCAAAGCCAUUUCGGCGGACGGGUCAUCGCUAUACAGCUUUGGCCCAUCCUCACCCAGCUCGGCGGUGUUUGGGAGCAGCUCGAAGGCGGAUUUACAAAAGACUAUUACUGGCAUAGAUAUCGGGCCGAGGGGAAAGGGCGGGAAGGGGUUUACGGGUGGGGGCAGUUGGGAUGAUGCAUUCCUAGAAGGAUUCGGAGCCAGCGGGUCAGUCAUUGGCCAGGACAAUGCUUGGACGGUACUAUGCAGCCGAGUGCUUGGUUUGUUCGACGGGGAGCCAUUACGAAAUACAGUUGAAGAUUUGAACAAAUUAGUAGUGUACGUCUCCCCCAUUUCCCUCUCUCCCCAGCUAGCUAACCAAUCUCCAGCCUCCACAUAAAACGCUGCUACGACCGCUGCUCCUCGGUGCAACUAUUAGACGAUGUCCGCGACCUCCUAGACACCGGCAUGCUGACACUAGACUCCACCCUACUCACCCUUCCAGACGAAAAACUCAUUCCAAAACUGGUCGAUAUUUGGGGCUUCCUGUUUGGGAACAUCCUCCCAUACUUCGAAGCUGUCUUCCUCCCCCUCCAGCAGGAGUUCAAAGGCACCGGCACACUCUCCGCCAAAGAAUCCAGUGAGUUCUUUGGCCUCAUGCCGCGCUUUGACGUGAGGAGGCUGGUGUUGAUCAGUUUUCGGGAUAACGUUAUAUUACCGCUGCAUGCCAGAUUACGCAGUACGUCCCCGAGCGAGCUGGAGGGGCAGAGAGGAAGAAUGAGGCAAAUGGUCUCUAGCUAAUUGGCGAUAUACUGUAUAGUUCUAUUCUCGAAACUCCAACUAGAUUUUUCCGUCUCCCAGAGCGACAUCACGCACAACGCCAGCCGGAUGCUGCAGUGCAUCAGCGUGCUUAGUAGCGUGUUAACGGAGAACGAGGCACAAAAGGCUAUGGACGAGCUGGCCAAGACGCUCAAGCAUAAUUGGCUUACGAGGGGACGGACGGGAAGGAAUAGGAGGGGAUUUGUGGGGACCAAGACUAUGAGGGUCGUUGUCUAGCUUUUACCUUUUUAUUUUACGGGUUUGGGGGUUCUUUACAGUGGGGUUCGGGAGGGGCGGGACUAGGAACGGAGUGGGAUUAUGGUGGCGCUAGGUGUAGAAUAUCGUACUAGCGCUUUUUUUGCAAUAUACCCAAUUAUUCAUUUGUC